UUUGCGCAGUUUGCGGCUUGAGCGCGUGAAACACGCGUUUGUCACGUAUGAGUGACACGUAACGCGUUUGUGACACUACGCGUUCCUUCGCGCAAGUGCCAGUGGGCCACGGUUAGUCCACGGUCUCAGGACCGCACUUGUCCCUCGCGCCCAUCCAUCAUAUCCUCUUCCAAGUCUGCCACUCAAUUGCACCUGGAAGGAUUCACGUACCAUGUCUAUUGUGACCAUCAGGAACGUAGAAUUCCUCAACAACCCCGCGAGGUUCUCGGACCCAUAUCACUUUCGCGUCACUUUUGAGUGCAUAGCACCCCUUCCAGAAGAUCUGGAAUGGCGGCUCAUCUACGUCUCUUCGCCGGGAAACGAGGAGCUGGAUCAAGAGCUGGAUGAUUGUCUCGUGGGGCCAGUACCAGUGGGAGUGAACGCGUUUGACUUCGAGGGUUCAGCCCCAAACCCAUCCAAAAUCCCGCCUGAGGACGUCCUUGGUGUGGCAGCAUUGAUUCUCACUGGCUCCUACAAGGACCAAGAGUUCGUUCGCGUGGGAUACUACCAGAACACGGAGUACGAUAACGAGGAGAUGAAGGAGGCGCUUCCAGAGCCGAUUCGUUUCGACCGCCUUGUGAGGGAUAUCAACUCGAAGCCGCGAGUGACGCGAUUCCAGAUCAAGUGGGACAUCACACCGCAGCAACGGACCGGGCAAGCCAUCGGAGCGGCCACCUCCGCGGCGGUGCCUUCAGCCAAUGACCUAGAUAUGGAGGACGAGCCCAGUGCAAAUGGCGAAGACAAGUCGUCAUGACAUUCGACUUGAGCCUCCGGUCCACUUCCUGCUUUCUGGGUUCUGCAAGCGGAACGAAGGGCGAUCGCGAACUGUAUUACAUCUUACUUGUGUGCUUUCUAUUAGUUGUCCUAGUGUCUAUGCUAACUCGCUGACGUCCUGCAUACCAUGUCACAUCGCAAUGAUACCUAUUGUAGCAUGAACGCCGCGUUGUUCCGUUGGUCUUCUCGGAGACACCGAACCAGCAAGUGAUCAGCAACUAGUACAGACCACAAGAAUGCCUCCGUUCGAAGAACAAGGCUUAUCAGGUUCAUGAUAUGUUAUCACAUGCU